CUUUCACUUGUUGCUUUUUUUUUCUGUUAUUGUUUUUUUAGAACGAAAUGUUUUGUUAUGGAUAAUAGCAAUUUGUUGCAAGUGUGUGUGAAUGAUGCAGUGUAUGAUCUUAUUAAGUUGCCUUUAAAUGAAGUUAUAAAUACCGUCCAAAAUGAGUUACGUAAAGGAACUGGUUCACCUGACGUGGUUUUCACUUCUAGUUUCAAGUUCCCCCAAACUCAUGAUGAAAGAUACUUGGUGGUGUAUAAAACAGAAAUACCCACCCUAGACAUCACGGAUUGUACUGAUGGUCUCAACGUAGUUAAUUAUUCAAAAAUCAGAACGGUUCUAGUUAACGGGCGUGGAUUUAGCUUAUCGGAGGCCGUAACUAGUUUACCCGAGCGCAGCAAGGAGUGGCCACUGUCGAUUGACAGGUGUGUGCUCCAACACAACAAAGUGCUCCUUCACCUCAACCGGAUAAGGGGUUUCUCUACGCUCUUGCCACACAUCCUGAGACUAGGCUGCAAGUACGGACGAUGUUGUACGAGACAAGCGAAAGUCAUCCUGACCUGUAAGAGCCUACCUGGAAGUCCAGACAACCAGAGUGUGAGGCAGUUGAGGCUACAGUACCUCAACUCGCUGCUACACAGCCUCCUUGAUGCGAAUGGCUACGACGUACUCGAUGGCGGGGAUGACUGCGUUGAUAGUACAGUGCACCUGCAUGUUGCCAUCAGAUCACCAGAGCAGCCAUGCACCAACCACGAGAAGGUCAUCCUUGUCGGUGCUGUGACGUCACGAGUGAGCGACAAGAGGCUGGAGCUGUCGGCUGCCGAGUUCCUGAGGCGCAGGCACGAGGAUGUGAGGCAGCUGGCGGAGGUGAAGGGCGCCCUGCCCGCUGGGGCAGAGUGGCUUGCCCGUCUGGCCGACGCAGCGGUCAGGAUCGAGCUGCUGCAGGCGAAGCCCUCGUCCGAGCUGUGCGUGGACCUGUGUGAGCCCCAAGACAACGCGCAGCUCAGGGGGGCAUUGUUUGUGUUGUACAAUUACACAAGAAUAUCCACCAUUCUGCGGCUGUUUGCUGACAAGGUUAGGGAAGGAGUGUACCCAUCCCUUGUCCCUAUAGAAGAGGUGGACUUCUCUCUCUUGAAACAGCAGGAGGAGUGGAACCUACUGUCUCGCUACUUGCUGACCUUCCCUCACCUGGUGGAGAGCUGCAUUGGCAACACUCGUUCCCGACCCAUCUGCUCGCACCGCAUCUGCCUGUUCCUCUCGGAGCUCAGUCGGGUCUACAGCGGCUACUACCGCAGGGUGCGCAUUCUCACUGAGCCUCAUGAACAUCUGUUGCCAGUGAUGUUCGCUCGCAUACACCUGCUGAGAGCUGUGGAAAAUGUGUUUCGAAAUGCUCUGUCUCUGUUGGACAUUACUCCCUUGGAGCAUAUGUGAACAUGUAAUGCCAGCCCUAGGGGCUUGUAUGUAUAACCCAGUAAUUUUUUUGUCAAAAUGUAAAUUGUGCAUUUACUAUUUUCAGUUGACAUUUAGAGUUUAAAUACAUUGUUAUUUUUGCCCAAGUUGGAAACGGCCACUCACUUUGUCUCUCUCCUAGUCAGUUUAACAACUAGAUUGUCACAUUCACCAUUUUUGCCUUGGCCAGUAACAGUAACCCCAAUUGACACCAUGACCACAUCAAAGACACUCCCCAAGCUAUGUUAUCUAUUGACUUGAGAAGGUUUGUAGGACGUCGAUAGUUCACACUUACGGUUAAAUGUGAUCAUGACAGUUAAGGCAUAAUGUAGUAUAAUGGUUGCUUGCGUAAUCAAGUGUGAUAGUAUAUGUUAGCCUUGCGAACUAGAAUGUGUAACUAUCCAUAACAUUAAGACUGUCUUGUAGAGUUAGUAUAUGUAAUAUCCCCCCUGUUAUGUAUACAUACAUGAUUGUGGUGGUUGACUUACAUGUAGCUGUGGAAAACCAACCAACUUCAGAGGAAGCUUCCCCCAGAGCAAUCUGAGGAGUCCAGUAAAGCCUUACGAGAA